UCACCAUGAUCACGUGAUGAUUACCUUUUAGUUUCGUUUCACGUGACUUCUUUCAAGUUUUCGAAUGUUGCAUAUUUCAGGAAUAAAUGCCUCCAAAGAAUCAAAGAAGAAAACUGCCUGCUCCUCUGCCAGAAGGAUUGAUCCUAACAGACACAAAUAAAAAAGAAUGGACAUUAGGCAAGACUAUUGGAGAAGGCGGAUUUGGUUUAAUAUAUUUGGCUUCUCCUGGGCGUGAUAAACCAGUUACUAAUGAUGCUGCGCAUGUCGUAAAAGUGGAAUACCAUGAAAAUGGACCUUUGUUUUGUGAACUGAAAUUUUAUCAAAGAGCAGCAAAAGAUAAUCAAAUAAAAGCAUGGGUAGCAAGACACAAGAUGGAUUACAUUGGAAUUCCCAAUUACUGGGGAUCAGGGGAAACUAAAUCCAGCUCAACAAGCUACAGGUUUAUGGUGAUUGAUCGUCUUGGCACAGAUCUACAAAAAUUGCUUCUCAGCCAUGGUGGAAAAUUUCCAUUAAGUACAAUUAUGCAAUUAGGGAUUCGUUUGCUUGACGUGUUGGAAUACAUACAUGAACAGGAAUAUGUGCAUGGCGAUAUAAAGGCAGCUAAUAUUCUUUUGUGCUACACAGAUCCAAAUAAGGUUUAUCUUGCAGAUUAUGGACUUUCUUACAGAUACUGCCCUAAUGGGAUCCACAAACCAUAUAAAGAAAACCCAAAAAAGGGCCACAAUGGGACUAUUGAAUUUACCAGCUUAGAUGCUCACAAGGGAGUCGCCCUUUCCAGACGUGGGGAUCUGCAAAUUCUUUCAUUCUGUAUGCUCCAUUGGUUAUGCGGGAAACUGCCCUGGGAUAAGAAUCUUAAGGAUCCGGUUGCUGUCCAAGCUUCAAAGACAAAGCUUUUAGAAGAACUUCCCAAUUCAGUUGUAAACUGGGCAGCUCAAGAGGAUGGUUGUCAUGCAGUUGCCAGUUUCAUGGCUGAAGUAUACCGCUUGGGGUAUGAUGAAAAGCCAAAUUAUGGAGUACUUAGGAAAAUCCUCUUAAACAUUUUAGAAUCCACUGGAACAAGGCUUGGAGCUCCACUGACGUUUUCAUGCGUAAAAGCCAUCAUAAAAAAACCUGCAGCAUUUAACAAUCCAAUUAUUGAACAUGCAAGAUCUCAUUCAGUUAGUCCUGGGGCAGACCGUAAGCUACACUUUGUGGCAAAUCGUGAUCUUCAGUCCAGUAGAUUGCAGAAAUCACCAAAGAGUCCUAGGAAAAAUUAUGAAAAAGAAGUCCGUGCUGAAAAACACAAAGAUGUAAAGUAUCCGAGCAAUGGUUACACUCCAUAUCCUUACGAAUUACAGAGACGAAAACAGGGAGAUUGGAACCCACAACGUGUAAACAUUACUGAACCAAAGGUAGAGGGUACAGUGAAUGUAAGGUUUGUUCAAAACUACAAUAUUUGUAAAGACAGAGAAACUUCACAUUUUGAAAACGGUAUCCGUGUAGAGUGCAAAACCCAAAGGCAAUCAGAAGAAAAUAACCAGGAGCGAAGCAACAUAUAUACCUCUAGCUUAAUCAUAGUUCUUCUAUUGAUAAUGAUCAUUGUAUUAUGUAAUUUAUAACACAAUAUGGUGGCAUCUUUGUUUUUCCUUUACUCAUAUUCAAGAAUUGCUAGCAGGUGGAAACCUCAAGAUCUUUUAGCAGAUAGCUUCAGAGUAAUUGGCUGUUUAAAAACAAAAAGUGAUAAGAUGAAUUAAACAGAUUUUAUAUUUUAAUAAAAUGCUUCACUACCCUUUUUAAAAA